UUUUAUAUUUGGCAGAGACAAACCUAUAUAUUCCGCUUUCUAUCAGGAUAUAAAGAUUGUUCGGAUGAAAGUGACGAAAACGCAAUAAUUUGUCACGAGUAUCCAUGUCCUGAAUAUACGUUCCGUUGUUUGUACGGAGGUUGUAUUCAUCAAGAAGUGAUUUGCGACGGCGUCAAAGAUUGCAUCGACGGCACCGACGAAGAUUCAAAUAUGUGCGCGGUUAUUAAUUGCGAAGGUGAAAAAUGCUCACAAUAUAAAUGCCGGGACGAAGAAUUUGCAUGUAAGAAUAAACAACAAUGCCUACCAACAGCUAAAAUAUGCGAUGGUAUUCGACACUGCGCAGAUGCAUCUGAUGAAAGUCCAGAAAUGUGCAAAAUACGUGAAUGUCCUGAAAAUUGGUUUCGAUGCGCCUACGGUGGAUGUAUUCGACCGGAAUUGAAGUGUAAUUCUCGGUUAAAUUGUUACGACUGGAGUGACGAGGACGAGUCUUUGUGCGCGAUAACGUUGCCAGAAGGUGCCUGUCGAUUGCCUGCUGCAAAAGCAGGAACGCAUUAUGACGUGAGCGGAUGUUCAAGAUGCCGACCAGGCGAUAUCGUUCCCGAACUAACAUGGCUCGAUUAUACUUGCGACAUUGAAGGUUCUUUGCAAGGUGCCAAUAGAAUUUUUUGUCAGAAUAACCGGUGGUUUCCCAGCGUUCCAAAUUGUGCUCUCAAAAACGAAAUAGAAGGAAUAACAUGCCCAGCUCCGUCUGAAGCAUACGGUGCGAUUAAACGAUGUGAAGCAAUGUGGGGUUCUCACAAAGGAUGGUUGCCUUGCGAUCGAGCCCUCCCAGUCGGCACACGGGUUUUCCUUGAAUGUCCGGCAUUCUAUGAGCGUCGCAAAGGAUCCGCUAGCGUUAUGUGUCUUCACGACGGCACGUGGAGUCAACCACUCUUGAAUUGUGUUCCUAUCUGCGGAAUAAGGGACUUUACAGGUUUGAAAUACUUAUUGUUAGCGGCACCAUUGAUCGUAAGGGGAUGGCGCGUUGAGAAAGAAGAGACACUACCGUGGCAAGCUACCCUCUUCUCGCACGAAAAUGGUCAAUGGAGAUUUUUUUGCGGUGGCACGUUGAUAGCAGAACGCAUUGUGUUAACUGCCGGCCACUGCGUUUGGAAGACUUCGGCAGAUACAGUACGCGUCGCCUUCGGAAUCCUCUCGAGUGAUUUAAAUCAAGCAGGAAAAAACGCGCAGGUGAUCGACAUAGAAAGCAUCGAAUUGCAGAGUGCGUAUCAAGAUCACGAGAGUAACUAUGGUUCAGAUAUCGCAUUGCUGAUCUUGAAGGAAGCUGUGAUCAUUAACUCGGUUGUUAAACCCGUUUGCAUUCCUUGGCACUCAGACGCGACAUUGAUAGAAUAUCAGGAAACCGGUAAAUUUGGAUUGGUAGCUGCAUAA